AUGAGUACUGGUCCAACUGUAAAAGUAAUAGCACCAGAACAUCGUCCUUCGGAACAAAAGGUAACCGAACAAGAGAGUCCCGAUAAACAACCACUGGAUACAGUAGAAGAGGUUAAUGAAAAUGUGCCCAGUGAGAUUUUUGAACGUCCAUUUGAGCAAGAAGAUUUUGUCGAAAUACCCGCAAAAAUAUUUGGAUUGAAGGAAGUUUUGGAGCCGUUAACAAUACCGGGGUUAAAUAAUGCAAUAUAUGAAUUGGGCGUGGUUAAUAUGUGCUGGCCUGAGAUCAGCGAACCAGUAUUUGAAACACGAACAUGUUUCCCGCCAAGUUACUACACGAACAGUCCUAAAGAACGUUUGCUUUUGGCUUAUGCGGAGAACUUUAGGCGCCAGUACAAUUUUCAUUAUAAACUACGAAAACCUAUUUUGUUGCAAGUCCCGAAUGAAUGUGGUUUACAGAAAAUGGUGUGCACUUCUAUACGACCAACGAAACUGAAUUUUGAUGAAACACAUACUUGGGAGGGAGUUGCGUCGUUAGUUUCAGAUUACUUCGACUACGAGCCCUUAACCAAGCCGACUUUACACUUUCAUAUAGAUUCAGAAACAAAUAGUCCCGAGCCAAACGGUCCGACAGAGGACAUGUUUGCGCCGGUCCUCUGUCGGUCCGCGUACUUCGAGUUAAAGACUUACGAACUAAAGAAUAAUGCAUAG